AGGAGCCGUCGACCGAAAAGCAGUGAUCCAUGGGCCGUCCGGAAGAAACGACCACAGCAAUCUAGUGGACCAAGACCGGCACCCCCUACUCAUCAUACCUGCCGCAUCUGUCUCGAAACACAGCCUAUCGAUCAAUACAUCCAAUGGAUAACUAGGUCUCGACUACUUCGCAAACCAAGUCCCGAAGUACCUGCUGAAUGCAUGUCCCAUCUGGCAAAGAAUCCCCGCACCAAGAGUGAUCCAGUCUGUAAGACCUGUAUCGGCGCUGCCAUGUCUGCGAGACUAGACAUGCUUGGUGCUCGCACAUUAUCAGUUGGAUGUUUGGAGAAGGGGUGUAGGGCAACUUGGAGCCACGACUACAUCAUGAAGUAUCUUCCCUCAGACGUCUUGGAUAAAUACAAUGUUGGUUUAUUCGAGGUCUGGAAACAUCAAGCUGGCCUCCUUACUUGUAUCAAUGAGUCGUGUGGAGCGUCGGGUCUUGUCGAACCUGGAGUCACUGGCUAUCCACAGGUCCUAUGUCACUCAUGCAAGUUCCGGAUGUGUGCAGCAUGUGAAGUGCCUUGGCAUAAAGGCCAGACGUGCCUGGAGUACCGCCUUGCAAACUUGGACGAGAAGAUGACGAACUCUGAGAAGACUCUAGUUCAGAAGUUGAUGAAGAAAGAUUGUCGCAGGUGCACAAAUUGUUUCAUGAUGGUCGAGUUGUUGGGAGGUUGCGAUUCUGUCUAUUGUUCUGGGUGCAAGACAUACUUCAAUUGGUCGCAAGCUGCACCGAUAGUGGUUGGAAACAAGCUUGUACCGCCUCCAGUU